GUGAAAAAUACCCCAACUCCAAAACACCCACCCACCCAUAUAUACAAACCACCAUGGGAAACUCCUCCUCCCGCAUAACAGCUCAAGACCGAGCAAUCCUAAACAUGAAACUCCAACGCGACAAACUCCAUAUAUACCAAAAAAAGAUACAAACAAUCCUGACCCGCGAACACGAGAUCGCGAAAGAAUGCCUGGCACGGGACGACAAGCCCCGCGCCCUUCUCGCUCUCCGGCGGCGGAAAUACCAAGAACAACUACUUGUAAAAACGGACGCUCAACUCGAAGCUUUGGAAAAAUUGACGUCGACCAUUGAGUUUUCGCUGGUAGAGAAAGCGGUGUUGUACGGUUUGCAACAGGGGAAUCAGGUGCUUAAGGAGAUACACAAGGAGAUGUCGCUAGAGGCAGUGGAGAAGUUGAUUGAAGAGACGGACGAGGCUAGGGCGUAUCAGAGGGAGGUUAGUAAUUUGCUGGCUGGGGUCAUGACAAAUGAGGAGGAGGAUGCGGUGGAGGAUGAACUUGAGGCGCUGGAGAGGGAGGUCCUCGGUGCGAGAGCGGUACCUGCCAUGCCCGAUGCCCCGAGCAUGGUCCCAAUAUCCACAGAGACGAGCGAAGGAGCGGGCAAAGGCUAGGAGAGAGGCGGCGAGAGAGGGGAUGGAACCGAUUUUGGCAUAAGAAUUGGAGUUUUUUUUUUUGCGCUCUUUCUCUCUUUCGGCUCUCA